AUGACGAUAAAGGUACCAGCAUUCAAGAGCCCUUCCGCCUUGGCGGUACUCCUGCUGUUGAUAAGUGUGGGAACGCUACAGGCCUCCAAUAGCAGCAGUCUGGAUAUUGAUAAUAAUGUUACCCAAUUCGAGUGCGACGCCAAUCAAACCGUUACCAAGUCACAAGCCCAAUUCGUCUUUGAAGGUCGCAAUGAUUUCUUGGGGAGCAGGGAACGUACAGUGUUGGCAAAUGUCUUUGUGGAAAUCUACAACAAAAUCACGGAAGAUUUAUGCGACAGUUAUUUUCGACGAUUGGAGCGUCUCGACUUUCUCAGCAUGUCCAACUUUCUGAAUGAGACGGUGACUUAUUUGGAUGAAGAUCUGUUGGAAGCGCUGGACGGUGGAGAAGGCCCGCCCAUGGGUGGUCCUCCAUCGGCUCAAAACGAUUCAUCCUUACCUCGCGAUGGACCACUUUCUGAUGGGCCACUUCCUGAUGGCCCUUUGCCGGAUGGGCCACUUCCCGAUGGCCCUCUACCGGAUGAUGGACCGCUUCCAGAUUGCCCGCCUCCUGGUGGGCUUCCUGAUGGACUUCCUGAUGGACUUCCUGAUGGGCUACCGGAUGGGCUUCCUGACGGGCUACCGGAUGGACUUCCUACUGGACUUCCGGAUGGACCACCUCCUGAUAGACCGCCACUGGAUUGCCUGCCACUGCCUGAUGGGCUGCCUGAUGGGCCUCCACCAGGGCCACCAGGAGGUGGAGGUGGAGGUCCGCCAGGUCUACCCCCGGGCCCUUUUGGGAGACGACAAUUAACAGAGACGACAACAACAACUACGGAUACGAGUGCGGUCAACGAAACGAGCACGGAAGGAAUGGAAGUCAUCUUUGAGGUGUCUGGAAGUUGCAGGGGUUGCCCUCGGUCGGAUGUGGGGACUUUUGCUCUUUUUGAUGAUUCUUUUCGUAUUCGCUUUCGAGUUCUCGAGGAACAUGAAGUUGCUGCCAAGCAUCAUCAUCUCCGCCAAUUGCAGUUCCCACCAUUGCCACCCAUGCCACCUGGUGCGGGAUCAACAACCGAAGAAGAAGAAGAAGAAGAGGAACAAGGCCCACCAGCGGGUGGUCCCCCCGGGGACGGGCCUCCUGCGGAUGGAAUGCCAGAAGAUGCUCCAAUGCAAAAUGGGCCACCUCCCUUUUUGACAGAUACCAACUCUUCGGAUUGCACGUGCGCUGCAGGGCUGCAGCCAGAAAUGCCCGCUGCACCGUCCGUGGAUAACCUUUUGGAGUUCCUCGGUGAACGGCUGCGGAGGUUGCAAACACAACAAGGGCUCUUUGAAAAUAUUGCUUUGGUGGAUAUUGUGCAGUUGGGCAUUGACGAAGCAAUAAUCACCUCGGGAGGCGCUGUUGCUCAAGAUUCAGGCGAUCGCUCAUCAUCAGAGCCUGAAAGUACUACCAAAUCCGCUACUGAUACUACUACUGUUCCAAAGUUGAAAGGCAAUGCUUCGCCCGAUUCUUUAGCCUACUCGAGCGCCAGGAAAAUGCUCUCCUUGGCAUUGCAGCUAUUCAUUGGAUCUGUCGCAGCAUUAUCGGUCGGGAUACUGUAA